GGUCCGAUUAGUUGCCUCCUCUACACCUCUCGAGCGGAUUGACACCCAGUUCGUCGUGUGGCCUUGCCGUGCGUGGUCAGAGGGACAGACGAAAGCGCCUACGCCCCUAAGAACGUACACGAAACAAGAUGACCCAACAAGUGACCACUGGCAGUCCGCCGAAAAAUAAGGAAGAGGCUAUUGCCAAACUGCUGGAGAGGACUGGAUAUGAAAUUACCAAUGAAAAUGGCCAAAGGAAGUAUGGACCUAAAGAUCCCAACAGUCUACCGGUUCCAUUAAAAGGCAGUGAAGUUUUUGUUGGUAAGCUGCCGAGGGAUGUUUUCGAAGAUGAGUUAGUGCCCCUUUUCGAAAAGGUUGGACUAAUCUACGAAAUGAGAUUGAUGAUGGACUAUGGUACCAGUAAUCGUGGGUUCGCUUUCGUCAUGUACACAUGUCCAGAACAUGCUAAAAAAGCCAUAGAAGAGUUGAACAACUAUGAAAUUCGAAAGGGGAGGUUUAUCGGAGUGUGCAAGUCGGUGGACAACUGUCGUUUGUUUGUGGGCGGGAUCCCGAAGAACAAGACGAAGGAAGAAAUCUUGGAAGAAAUGCAGAAGGUCACGGAAUCGGUGUCGAAAGUGAUUCUCUAUAGUAGCAUUGCGGACAAGUCAAAGAAUAGGGGAUUCGCUUUUGUCGAGUAUGAGAACCACAAAGCGGCUGCGAUGGCCAGAAGAAAACUCAUCCCGGGCAAGAUACCUUUGUGGGGACAUGACAUUGCUGUAGAUUGGGCAGAGCCAGAACCAGACGUUGAUGAAGAAACUAUGUCAAAAGUGACCAUCCUCUACGUGAGAAAUUUGAUGAUGAAUACGACGGAGGAGAAGCUGAAGAAGAUCUUCAGCCUCGAAGACAAGCUGAAAGUGGAGAAAGUGAAGAAGCUGAGGGACUUCGCCUUCGUGCACUACAAGACGAGGGAGGACGCCGAGACAGCGCUCGAGCAAUUAAACAAUAUCGACAUAGACGGAAGUAUAGUAGAAGUGACGUGGGCGAAGCCUGCUGAUAGAGUCACAAGACCCAGGUGUCACUCCAGACCAAGUCAACAUAUGAUUCCAGACGUUCCGGGCAUGACGCCCUUCAUGUACCCUCCGCCACCAGGUUUCGAUACCUAUCCCACACCUAUACCAUUUCCAAAUUUACCAGGAGGCGGCCUCAUCCACAGAAUUCCCCCUUUCAGGGGUCGAGGACGAGGAGCGGCGGGCAUGCGCCGAUUUCGAAAUUUCAUACCCAACACGAAUCGACCUGGAAGUUUUAAGCCCCCAGAGGUGGGCGUGGCAGGUCACUCCUCCCAUUAUGGUCAAUACCCACCCAACAAAUUGGGAAAGGCGUCCGAGAAAGGGGAGCAGUACUCUCACGAAUAUGUCUUCAUGCCAUUACCACCGAAUGCUGAAGGCUUAGAUGCCCCCAUUGCCGUGCCAGGCCCUCCCCUCAUGUCUCACGGCCAUUCACGAGUCGGCCACCCUGCCUAUAUGUACCAGCCACCACCUGGUAAGUUCAGAGGAGGAUAUGACGAAGUACCUUACUUUGCAUACAUUACCCCUGGACCAGUCAGCUAUUGAGUGAACAAGGCACAGUAAAAGGAAAUGCAUAUUUCAAUGGAACAGUCAUUUUCAUUUUACGUUACUGUUAUGUAUCUUAUAUUUAUACAAUAUCUUUCUUCUUUAUAUAUAUAUAUAUGUUUUACCUUCAUAAAGUGUUUAUUUUCUUUGUUUACUACUUCUUGUUUGAAAGAACAUGGAAAAAGACCAUUUUUUGUGCUGUACAUUCCAAUCUAGAUCAAUUUAGUUUUCUCCAGUCAUAAAAGUAAUCAGAAAUUCUAAAAAUUAUUCUGCUAACUCGUCUCGUUUUUUCCCAUUUGAACAAAGGCCAAACGAUUUAUUUAAAAAAUAUUCUUGUUUAUUUACGAAAUUUUAAAAUAAAAUGGUACUGAAUUAGAAUUUUAUUUUCCUUUAACUGUAAAAAAUACUCGCUAAGAUUAGUCAUAUAAAAGAUGAUUAAAUGAAAUUAGUAUGUAUUUAAAGAGUUAAAGAAAAUGAAUUACAAGCAAUAAAAUAAACAUUGAUAGUAAACUUAGAGAAUAGUAGUUCUAAAAUACUCUUUUUUGCUUCGAUUUCUAGUAUACUAACCGCAUUCUAAUAUCAUUUAAACUCCUUAGUAUUUGUUGUUGAUAUUUAAAGAAUACAUUUUUUCUUUAAUGGAACUAGUUGGUAAAUUGAUAUUUUUGGCCAUUAAUAAUCAAACAAUUUAUUUUAAAAGUUCCCUUUUUACUCAUUUUGUAAGAAUAUUUUUAUAAUUUUGCUUAUU